CGUGCUUUGCUAACCGUUUAACACGUGUGUUAAUAGCUAUGUUUAACCUUUUUUACCCACUUAGAACAGAACUGGCUUGACGCUGCCUCUCUGUGACCACGCAACAUUGCCUAUCGGCCCAAGGGGCCUUGUUGCUAUGUCGCUGAAUUGCCUCUCCAAUAGACACCAACAGCGAUGGAUUCCUUUUACAAGUCGUCGACCGACGAGCGCUGUGAUGCGGCCGGUCGCGCAUGCGGUCCAGGCCGUGCAAGCCGCGACUGAGGUUCGGGCGCCAACCGCUGCGGGUGAAGUUCCCAGCCAAGCCGCGCUGCGGGAGCGGGUGGUGCUGUACAACACCAUGGCUCGCGGCAAGGAGCCCUUCCGCCCGCUGCGCCCGGACGGCCCCGUCAGCAUGUACGUGUGCGGAGUGACGGUGUACGACUACUCGCACAUUGGCCACGCGCGUGUGUAUGUGGCGUUUGACACGCUGUACCGCUUCCUCACCGCCGGCUGCGGCUACCCGGUGACCUACGUGCGCAACUUCACCGACAUCGACGACAAGAUCAUUGCCCGGGCGCAGCAGUCCGGAGUGCCUCCCUCGGAGCUCACGGAGCGCUUCAUCGCGGAGUUCCACAAGGACAUGUCCUCCCUGCGCGUGCUGCCCCCCUCCCUGGAGCCCCGCGCCACCGCCCACAUACCCGCCAUGAUCGCCGCCAUCUCCGACAUCCUGGCGCACGGUCACGCCUACGUGGUGGAGGGGGGCGACGUGUUCUUCGACGUGGGCUCGCUGGAGGGCUACGGCAGGCUGUCGGGCAGGGCGCAGGAGGACAACAGGGCCGGCGAGCGGGUGGCGGUGGACCCGCGCAAGCGCUCCGCUGCGGACUUCGCGCUGUGGAAGGGCGCCAAGGCGGGGGAGCCGGCCUGGCCCUCUCCCUGGGGUCCGGGGCGGCCGGGGUGGCACAUCGAGUGCAGCGCCAUGGUGCGGGAGCUGCUGGGGCCGGUGAUCGACAUACACGGGGGCGGUCGUGACCUGGUGUUCCCGCACCACGAGAACGAGCUGGCGCAGAGCCAGGCGGCAUGCGGCUGCGGCAGGCGGCACCCGCCGCAGGGGGGGCAGCCGCUCGUAGCGGGGCUGCCCGACAUGCAGCAGCCAGCAGCGACAGCAGCGGAGGCGGGCUCCCCGCUUCCCCAGCAGCAGCAGCAGCAGCAGCCCCCCGCCCCCCAGGCCGCCCCGCUGCACAACGGCACCGACUUCGUGCGCUACUGGCUGCACAACGGCUUUGUCAACGUGGACAGCGAGAAGAUGAGCAAGUCGCUGGGCAACUUCUUCACCAUACGCGACGUGCUGUGCCGCUACCCCCCGCUGGCGCUGCGCUGGUUCCUGCUGGCGGCGCACUACCGGGCACCGCUGCACUACAGCGACAAGGGGCUGGAGGAGGCCAGCUCGCGGCUCUACUAUGUGCUGCAGGCGCGGGCGGAUGUGGUGGCGGCGUUGAGGGAGGCGGGUGCGGAGGGGGAGCGGGCGGUGGAGCAGGCACGGGCGCUGCUGCGGUCGCCAUCCGCCCCCUCACCAUCACCCUCCUCCUCAACCACAUCGCCAACCUCCUCCUCCUCAUCUUCACCUGCACCCUCCUCCCAAGCCCCCACCUCCCCCACCACCGGCAAGAAGGGCCACAGGGGCUCCCCGGCCUCCCCCUCCCCCGGCGCCGCGCUGCUGUGCGAGGUGCUGUCCGCCCUGGCUGACGACCUGAACACCCCGGCGGUGCUGGCGGCGCUGAGCGGCCCGCUGCGAACCAUCAACGAACUCACUACCACUCGGGCGGGCAGGAGGCGGCCGGACAGGCUGGUGCUGCUGGCUGAGCUGCAUGUGGCGCUGGGGCGGGUGAUGGCGCUGCUGGGGCUGGGGGCGGAGGGGGAGCAGCAGCAGCAGGCGGAGGAGGCGGAGGGGCUGGCGGGCGAGGCAGCGGCGCUAGAGCGGCUGCUGGAGGAGCUGCGCGCCAGUGCGCUGGUGCGGCUGGGCCUCACCGCGGGGGAGGUGGCGGACGCCAUCCGGCGGCGCGAGCAGGCCAGGCUGGCGCGGGACUUCGCAGCCGCAGACGCGAUCAGGGUGGAGCUGGCGGGGCGGGGCGUGCUGCUGCUGGAUACGCCGCAGGGUACUGCUUGGCGGCCGGGCAGCCCCGCCAGCGAGUGAGGUCGCGGAGCAGCGGAGGGGACAGGCGGAGGACGGCAGAGCGGACACAUGGGGGAAAGGGCUGUAGGGGGUGGAAGAGGCGGCGGAGGGUUACAAACAUGUGAGGGAGGGACUAUUACGAGUGAGGGGUAGUAGGGGGCCCGACAUUCCGUCAGUUUUGGGGUGAGUGCGGAUCCAGUUCCAAUCUCAGUUCGUUUGGUUUCUGGUUCGAAGGAAUUUGCCGACUGGAGGGAAGUCCUAUGCGAGAUGUAAUUCACAUCGUGUAGGGAGGUAGCUUUAGCAGCUGCUGUGCGCCCAGACCUGUACAAGACAAGGGGGCCGAAGCCAAUAUCUAACGGCACAACGAACUAUAUGUGUGAUAAGGAACCAGGUUGCAGUGUUUAUGGUAUUAGCCAGGAUUGGAAUGUUGUGCGUCCGUACCUACAACGGGUCGUAGGGCACUUAGCGUACAUGCACAGCCCCAAUCCUGGAUGUCUCUAUGCACAUAUGCCCGUCACGGUGCCGUUUGUUCAGGUCGUACGGACCCCGGCAUCCUGCAGCAGAGCCGCUCUAGCGCCCAAACCUACACCCAACCCGAAUCAAUCGGAAUUAGCCAUAUAAUGUACUCACCAAGGACCAUAAAUACAUCUUGCACCAGCUACAUCACCACAAGCCCCUAGAGGAAUACAGCUAUGGCCACUACAAAUUGCGCACAGACCCAUGCAUUUAGGCCGUAUUUGCGCCUGUCAAGCCCUGGGGUGAGAAGGGUUAUACUGAUGAGAGUCGAUACAGGCCGGUUUGUUUAUGCAAAGCUGUAAAUCAUCAAUAGGAGCAAACGCAUCGUGCCAUACACAUGUGUUUGCCAGCCCAUGAUGGGUAAGGAUGAAGAGCCCGCCCCCCACACAUCUCCUCGAGGUUUUCGAGCACAAGUAUCGAGGCCAGCUUCGCAUGUGCAGGAGGC